UCCGCAUUCCGUCAGUUUCAUAAUGAUCCCUUGCAUAGCAGGUCGUACCAGAGUUACCUGUUCGGGCGCAACAAUAGUAGUGAAACGAUGACUACAAUAGUUUGAUAUGGGUUUUCUUUCCAACAGUUCAACAGCCGACGAAGAUUGGAAUACUUUGAUGCGCUCAAAGGCCCUAAGCAGAACCCCUGGGCUAGUUUGAUGACAAGCUAGGCUAGAAGAUGAGGAGGAGUCUAAAUGACUGUUUCGUCUUUGACGUAUUGACCCGUCUACUGUUGUUUGCAGUGUUCUGUGUGACUGAGGUGCUACCUCCUUUCUCUCGUGAGAUCCAGCCAGAGGAGAUGUGGCUCUACAAAUUCCACCAUGUGGAGAAUGACCACGUUCCUACCAAACUCAUGUUUAGCAUAGCACUUUUCACCCCUAUGGCUGUCAUCAUGUUGUUUGCCUUCCUGAACAAGACAGAGAAGAGGGACAUUAAGGAGGCCUCUCUGGCUGUGACGUUGACUCUGCUACUCAAUGGGGUUUUCACCAACGCUAUCAAAUUGGCAGUGGGCAGGCCGCGGCCAGAUUUCUUCUACCGCUGUUUCCCUGAUGGUCAGAUGAACACGGAGCUGCGAUGCAGUGGAGACCCCGACACCGUAGAGGAGGGGAGGAAGAGCUUCCCUAGCGGACACUCCUCAUGUGAGAGCAUACCUAAGUUGCCUUUGCUGGUCUGGGCUUCACUGCUCUGUAUGUGGCGGGGAAGCUGCACUGCUUUAGUCCAGCAGGACGGGGCAAAGCCUGGCGACUCUGUGCCUUCCUCGCCCCUCUCCUCUUUGCCAUCCUCAUCGCCAUGUCCAGGACCUGCGACUACAAGCAUCACUGGCAAGAUGUCCUGGUGGGCUCUCUGCUGGGGUUGGUGUUUGCCUGUCUGGGCUACUGGCAGCACUACCCGUCUCUCAGUGACUCAGACAGCCACAGGCCCCUGCUGCACAGGGAAGUAGUCCCGGCGGCACAGGAGCGCAAGCAGCAGGAGCAGCAGGCCCAGCAAGCCAACUCGGGAUACCUUCUGCCUCUGUAAGGAGCCCCAGGCCUGCUUCUGUACUGGGUGCAUCCCCAUAAUCUCUCCUUCUUCCUUUAGUGUGCACUCGUGUAAUAAUCCCCACGCAUGUAAAAGCAUUGGAUUGGUGUAUGUGUUAGAGUUCCAUGUACCAGUCAUUUCCUUUCAAAUCCAUGAAGGGAAGCAACAAGUGCACACUUUGGGAGAAAGGAGAGGUUAUUGGAACGCAACCUCUCAUUUUACUUUCAAAUCAUGAUGAAUACGAUUAUAUGGACAGGGGGAACCUGAUCCUAGACCAUCAGCCUUGUGAUUGCAGAUCCAGACCUCCACUGUGGAAAAACAAACAAACAAACAGCUUUAGUUGGAGAGGAGCGGUACCAAGUCGUCUGCUCCUCACUCAAUCAGUGCUGUCUGUCGGUCUAUUCCAAGAAGAGAAACAGUACUACUGUAAUAACAGGGUUGCAUUCCCAGGCUGUCAUGCUAAUAUCAAUGUUUCUAAUCUUUGAAGGACCAAUUGUAUAGAAGUGAAAGGACCUCCACGGUUACGUUGGAUCACAAGUAAGGGGACAUGCUAGCAAUCUCGGUUUUAUAAAUCUAUGACUAAUCCAAAUCUAAUGAGAAAAUUAAUGAAUCAUAUGGAGUCUUUCUUGAUCACUUAAGAUGCCAAAAUUCUCCUUUUUUAAUGCACUUACAGAUACUGUAUGUAUAGUACGUUGUUUACAAUACUGUGCCAAUAAAGUUUGUUACCAGGGAA